AUGUCUCAAUCAUCUUCCAUCUCCAUCGGUGCCAGCAUCAACACUGUUGCUGCAGUCAGUAGCAGCAUCAACCCCUUCACUGAAAGCCAAGUUCCUCUUGCCAUCAUCAAGAACCUUGCGAUGCACAGUGCCAAUGCUCUUUCAAACCCUGAUGAUGCUUUCCCAUCUCCAGUAGCUGAUGACCUCUCUCCUUCUGAUGCCAUCAACAGUGAUGAUGACUUCACUUUGCCGCUCCCUGCUGCCAACCAGACUGCUCUUGCUGCUCCAGUUGAUCUGAAGGUUGCCAACCAGCUUUGCAGCUUCCGCCUCCGCCUCCUCCAGCACCCUUCUCUUCUCCUCUGCACUCGCCCUGAGUGCACUCACCACCUGCCGCUCAUCCCAACCUAUGCCAAUGUGUCUCAGCACCUCAAGUCCCACCAUCAUCCGCUCACCAAGACUGGCAUCAAGCUGUUGGAGGAGACACUCCUUACUCUCGACCUUGUCAGCCCUGCUACUGUCAGCAUCAACACCAAUCUACUCCCCAUCAACCUCAUCAAGGAGCUUGAUACAUUUGAUGGCUACUGUUGCAGUAUCUGCGAGUAUGCUGUCAAGUCGAGCUCCUCUGCAUACAAGCACCAGCGCAGCAGCCAUGAUGGCAAGGCUUCUGUCAUCCACCCUGUUCUCAUUCAGCCCAUCUUCACCAGUGGUCCCUUCACCUGCUAUGUCCCAUGGCUCAAGCAGCUAGGCUGGCAGGAGUACUGGGCUGGCAAGCCAGUGGCAGCCAUUGGUUCCCUUGGCUGCAACCCUCACAAGUGGCCAGGUGCCCACCAGGACUUCCUUCACUGGCUGCUUGGCAUGACACAACAGUGUACACAGCAGUGGAUGGAGGCACUUCUUCAAUCUGGCUGCCAGGUGCAGCAAACCUUCCAUGCCUUUGAUGACACCCCUAGCCAUCCAUACUCCCUUGAUCAACCCACAGUCAUCAAGUGUGCUGACUGCUGGGCAAUGCUCAUCACCAUGCUGGCUCAUGUCAUGCUAGAUGGCAAGGUUCUUGGCUACUAUGGUGAUGAUGAUCAGGAUGCACACCUUGGCAUCAGUGAACAGCUUGCAGGGCUCUUUGAGGACCUUCAGGACCUCUUCCAUGAUCCCAAUCUGGAUGUUGAUGUCUCCAUGCAUCCUGAUGUGGUUUUGCAAGCAUUUAGUGGCAUCCAGUUGAUCAGUGUCUACCUCAUCACCCAAGAUCCUCCUGCCUAUGGUGAGCUGGAACGUCUUCCUCUGCUAUGCACCUUCCUCCACCUCUGCCUCUCUCCUGAUGGCACAUCCAAGCCGGUCAAUACAGCAACCUCGAUCCUGGUCAACUUGGAGUUUGCAUUCCGUGCAGUGAUGCAUCACCACCUUCUCCACCCAGAGCAUGGCACUCUCAUUGGCAAGCCAGUCCCAGAGAUCAACAAGGGGGUUCAAGCAGUUAUGAAGUGUUACCUGUUCAACAACAGCUACUCGGCAAGUGCUCAUCUGCAAUCCCUUCUCUGCUAUGGGACCAAGCUGGCUAAGGAUGAUGGCAGCAGCCUCUACUUCUGGUGGUCUGAGGAUAGGAAGCUGGUGACUUAUGGCACCAACACAAUCAAGAUCAGCUGCCUUCACACCCUUGUCCAAGGCACCUUGGACUGUGCCACCUCUCUGUUGGAGCAGCUGCUGCUGAAGGAUGGUGCCUUGUCUGAGCAUGUGGAUCUGUCUACAUACAAGGACCACUUCUGCAACAGGGAGCCAGGCUACAGCUUUGUUACUGCUACAAAGCAAGAUACUGGCACCUUUUGCCUCCGUCAGGCUCUCAAAGGCUUUCCUCAGCAUCAACCACUCCUUGAUACUUGCUCAGCAGAGCCAGAGUUUGACAUGGCUGCUGCCCAUGCCUACUUUGCCCUUCACAAUGAGUUCAACAAGCUCCUUGCUGUGCUCAUUGAGCUCACCAGUGGUCUGCCGGCAAGAGGCACAGAGCUGGUCAAGCUGCAGCACACCAACACAUUGGUCAGCCAGCGCAACCUCUUCCUAGCCCUAGCCCUAGCCGGUGUGUCUUGCUUGCGGGCAACGCACACUUGCGCUCCGCCAAAUUCGAAAUUCACGCGACUGCGUUGA